GAGAGAGAGAGAGAGAGAGAGAGAGAGAGAGAGUUGGUGUUCACAACAAGCGCACGAGAAGACAAGUUGGAGUUUUGAACAAAACAACAGAAAUCUUGAGAAGUGAACAAAAAAAAAGAACAGAGGUUUCUCAUCAUGCGUAAGGCAGGGCAGAGGAACAUACAGGAGCGAGGAGGAAGAGGGAGGAAGAAGGACAGGGACACUGAGUCCUUUUGCCCGAGGUUCCACCAGGUGACUCUGGAGGGAGGACUUACGGUUCCAGGUGACAUGGGAAGCGGCCCCCUGCCGGUACAGCCGUACCCCACAGAAGACGUCCUGAGGGUGGGUUUGUCCAGAGGAGUGUCCAUGUCUCUGCCGUCCUCCCCGAUGCUUCCUCCCCGACAGCCCUACAUGCUGCCUCUCAGACCCAGCACCAAGUCUUCAGGUUCUGUCAGGAAGCCUAAGCAUGCUGAGAGCUCCCGUGUUCCUGUGGAUGCGGUCAGCUGGUGCCUGAGGAGCGAGGACGACUCCGAUCCUCUCUUGCCAGCUAAGUCUGGCUCCUCCCCUGCUGCUCAGGAACUGAUGACACGGCUGGGUUUCCUACUGGGAGACGCCAUCCCCGCCUCAUCACACACCGCCAUGGAGGAGAGAAACCAGUGUACAGUCAGCAGUCAGGGAGCGAGCCCGUGUUCCACCCUGACCGACAGCACCGCGUCUCCCAGCACAGAGAGCCCAUGUUCCAGCCUGGUGCUCAGUGCUCAGUGCUCAGGUUCAGCAGAGAGACCGCCGGUGUGUUGCUCCGGCUCCUGCAGCACCACCACCAUGAGCACCACCACCAUCACCACCCCCAGCUCCACACUGGAGAGCAAGGACAGCGGGAUCAUUGCCACAGUGACCAGCUCCAGUGAGAACGAGGAGCGUUGUGGAUCUAGUCUGGAGUGGGGGAAAGAUGGUGGUGGUGGUGGUGGUGGUGGUGGUGGUGGUGUAACCAUCAGAGACAGCAUCCAUCCCACCCCUCCACCUGUAGCUCCCGUCCCUCUCAGAGACUCCUCAGUACCCAGUGAUGCCCCGUUCCAGCCUCGGACUUCCCCAGCUGCCCCGCCACCCUCAGACGGACUCGCCCCGUACCACAGCGCCUCACUGGUAAUGCCAAGGCCCAACUCAGUGGCAGCCACCAGUAGUACUAAUCUGGAGGAGUUGACGUAUCUGGACGAGCAGCGAAAUGUCCCUAUGCGUUCGUCUCUGCGUGGACCGUGGCACGGCGCACACACCAGCGGUCGCAACCAGGAGAACAAAGCUCGAUUCACACCGUAUAAGCCGGUAGACAUCAUGCUCAAACCCCUGCUGUUCGAGGUUCCUAGCAUUAGCAGCACGGACACCACGUUUGUGGGUCGUGAGUGGCUGUUCCAGCGUCUGGAGGAGGUCUUGAUGGGCGAAGGGGACAUGGGGCCGGGACGCGGUGCCAUCGUGGUGGGCAGCGUGGGCUUCGGGAAGACAGCAAUCAUCUCCAGACUCGUGGCUCUGAGUUGUCACAGUGGUCGGAUGAGACAGAUCGCGUCCAACAGCCCUGGAGCCUCGCCUAAAAGUGGAAGUAAAGGAAGUGACCACUCUUGCCAUGGCAGCCAGCUGAACCCACCGUCUCACAGUCCCCACCGCAGCAGCAGUUGCCCUCCGACCCCCGACACACACCGGCACAGAGAGGAGGCCGUCAAGCGCCUAGCCAGCAAGGUUGUAGCGUAUCAUUACUGCCAGGCUGAUAACACGUACACGUGCCUGGUGCCGGAGUUUGUGCACAGCGUGUCUGCGCUGCUGUGUCGCGCUACACGGCUCGGAGCCUACAGAGAAAUGCUGAUGAGGGAGAACCAGUUACAGAGUCUUCUGAGCCUGCGCUCGUGUGUGCAGGAUCCGGUCGCAGCUUUCCGUCGAGGCGUACUCGAGCCCCUCGUCCUCCUACGCAAGGAGAGGAAGAUCGCAGAGGAUGACUACAUCAUCCUGGUGGACGGUCUAAACGAGGCAGAGUUCCACAAACCUGACUACGGAGAUACAAUCGCCUCCUUCAUCACCAAGAUCGUCUCCAAGUUCCCCGUCUGGCUUAAACUGGUCGUCACAGUCCGAGUUAACCUGGUGGACGUCACCAGCCUGCUGCCUUUCCCCAUCGUUUCACUGGAUGACGUUCAUGACAAGUCCAUCUCCGCCGACCUGCAUGCGUACGUCCAGCACCGUGUGGAGCACAGCGCCUCCAUCCUGAGUAACAUCAACGGCAAGGCCGAGCCGGCAGCCGUCUCGAAGCUCAGCUCGCACCUGGUAGGCCGCAGUCAGGGCUCCUACCUGUACCUGAAGUUCAUCUUGGACCUGCUGGAGAAAGGCCACCUGGUGAUCAAAGGCUCCAGCUACAAGGUGCUUCCCGUGUCACUGACUGAACUCUACCUGCUCCAGUGCAACAUCCGGUUCCCCUCGGCGACGGCUUUCGAGCGCGCGUUGCCCGUCCUGAACGUUGCGCUUGCCUCGCUGCACCCGCUAAACGACGAGCAACUGUUCCGUGCCCUUAACGCCGGCAGCCUGAAAGGAACGCUCGAAUGGAGCGACUUCCAGCAGCGCAUGGAGGCACUGUCCUGCUUUCUGAUUGGCCGACGUGACAGGACACGCAUGUUCUGCCACCCGUCCUUCAGGGAGUGGCUCGUCUGGAGGGCGGACGGAGACAGCACCGACUUCCUGUGCGAUCCGAGAAGUGGACACGCCCUGAUGGCCUUUAUGCUCUCUCGGCAAGAAGGGAAGCUGAACAGGCAGCAGACCAUGGAGCUGGGACACCACAUCCUCAAAGCACAUAUAUUCAAGGGCCUCAGUAAGAGGACGGGCGUCUCCUCCAGCGUCCUCCAGGCCCUGUGGAUCAGUAACAGUACAGACAGCCUGUCUGCUGCUCUUUCCUCCCUCAGAAACCUCUACACACCCAACGUCAAGGUGUCUCGGCUCCUGAUCCUGGGUGGAGCGAGUGUGUGUUACCGCACGGAGGUCCUCAACGGCGCCCCCGUGCUGUGUGUCCAGUCUCACCUGGGUCAUCUGGAGAUGGCGGCUCUCCUGCUAGAGUUCGGGGCUCCAGUGGACGGAGUGUCCGAGGCCGGCAUGACGCCUCUGUGUUACGCCGCGGCCGCAGGACACCUUGGCGUCGUUAACCUGCUCUGCAGAAAGGGGGCAAAGGUGGAGCACGUGGAUAAGAGUGGACAGUGUGCAGCAGUUCACGCUGCUCUGAGAGGUCACGCUGAUGUCCUGCAGUAUCUGCUGGAUCAGGACUGGAGCUCAGACCCUGCACAGCCUGAGCAAAGCUUGAAGAGCAGAGUAGUGCAGCAAGCCUUCAUCGCCGCCUCCAGCAUGGGGCAUGUACAGGUGUUGAAGAACUUGCUGGCUCUGAGUAAGACCGAGCUGAGCGUGCAGCUCGAUGGCCAGGACACGCUGUGGGGUGAGACAGCUCUGAGUGCUGCUGCCGGCCGGGGAAAGCUGGACGAGUGUGUGUUCGUGCUGGAGCAGGGGGCUACCAUAACGCAGCCGAACCGCAGGGGCGUGACUCCGAUUUACGCUGCUGUGAAGCACGGACACACACAGGUGGUCGAGAUCCUGCUGCAGCACGGCGCCACGUUGGACGUUUCCGACAAACAUGGCCGCUCUCUGCUGAUGGUUGCGGCCAGCGAGGGUCACGUGACCACCGUGGACUUCCUUCUCUCGCAGGGAGCAUGUAUGACUGCGGUGGAUAAAGAGGGUCUGACACCACUGAGCUGGGCGUGUCUGAAGGGCCAGAAAAGUGUAGUGGAGCUGCUGGUGGAGAAAGGAGCGCAGAUCGAUCACACGGAUAAGAACGGACGCACUCCUCUCGACCUCGCUGCUUUUUAUGGAGAUGCUGACAUAGUGCACUACCUGGUGGAGCGCGGCGCCGUGAUCGAGCACAUGGACUACAGCGGCAUGCGGCCUCUGGACCGUGCUAUCGGCAGCCGCAACACUUCGGUUGUCAUCACUCUGCUUAAAAAAGGGGCCAAGCUCGGGUACCGCACGUCUCCUUAUGAUCGAUCAGGAAACGCUGCCUGGGCCAUGGCUACUUCUAAACCGGACAUCCUCAUCAUCCUGCUGCAGAAGCUGAUGGAGGAAGGCAACCUGCUCUAUAAGAAAGGGAAGAUGAAAGAAGCAGCUCAGAGGUACCAGUACGCGCUGAGGAAGUUCCCAAGGGAAGGGUUCGGGGACGAUCUGAAGGCCUUUCGGGAACUCAGGGUCUCGCUCUACCUCAACCUGUCCCGCUGCCGCCGCAAAACCAACGACUUUGGCAUGGCAGAAGAAUUUGCCACUAAGGCUCUGGAACUGAAGCCCAAGUCCUAUGAAGCCUUUUAUGCUCGUGCACGAGCUAAGAGGAGCAGUAGGCAGUUUGCAGCAGCCCUGUCCGAUCUCUAUGAGGCGGCACGUCUGUGUCCCAGUAACAGAGAGAUCAGACGCCUGCUUGCCCGGGUGGAAGAAGAGUGCCAUCAGCGCCCGGGUGGGAAACACACGUCAUCACACACUCAUCCUUCACAGCACGAGGAGGAGGAUGACGAUGAUGACGACGACGAUGACGAGGAUAACGACGAGGAGGAAGAGGAAGCUAUGUCAGUUCGAACACCUCACAAAGGCUCUGAGAACCUUGGGAUAAAGCUGGUGCAGAUGGAGGAGGGGGAUGAGGAGAGGACAAGUAAAGAGGAGAAGAGGAAGGAGAACUGGCAGCAGAGCCGAACUCUGCCUGACUCUCUGGGCCUGGUACUGUCAGGCACUCAGUCUUUCUCUCCUUCAGUUCACAGACGCCUCCCAUCCAGACAGGCUCAGAGUGUAAAGGGCCGAGAGAACCACAGUCACCACAGGGGCUGCUUACACACCAGGGAGCCUCUCAGAGACACCCAAGGUAGCACAGGUCACCUGGACACCAUGCCCCUAACACCAGAGGGUGCUACGGAGUGCAGGUCCGAGUUCAGCCGCAGCAGCAGCAUGCGAGUGUCCAGUUCCUCAAGCAGCCUGGCUUUCGGUGGGAUGCACUCGGACCGCAGCCGCAGCUCUGCCACCAACGAAAACGCCGCUGCCGUCUCCGACAUGCCCCUGAGGCAACACGAGCACAAACCACGGCCUUUUAUGGGCAUCACAGACAAGACGGCGCGCUUCCACCAGCAACCACCGCAACCCACACCGCUUCACAGUCAUAGCUGGCAGGGUCAUGGCACAGAGGAACUGGUGCAGGGACUGACCUGUGACCUCGCGUACCCUAAAACAGGAAGUGCUACCUAUCAGGAAGCCUUCCAUAAUGGCACCCACGCAGCAGAGCUGCACUCGGCAAAGCAGCACAAGCAGGCAAACCUGGCACGUGACAACCCCAUCCUCAUCAGCUCCAUAAAGCCCAAACGCUCUUUCAUCGAAUCCAACGUGUAGCGGCAGUUACCGUGGAGACCGCCAAGCAAAGCACAAACUCUAUGACAACCCUGUACACCAGUUAGUAACUAAUAAACCAGGCUUCGCUUUUAGCCUCCACGACUUACCUACCAGGCAGCAUUUUACCUCCACGGCGUAGAAAUACGGCUUUAAUUCAGGACUAACUACAAAUAUAAAGUUAACAAGACGAACAUUGUGUACUGUAAUAAUGAUGUUUAAGCAGGAUUUACUGUAGAACUCUUCAUCUGUGAGGGCAGUUAACACUUUAAUGCCCCAAUCAGGAACUGCUGAAAGACCAUCACGCUAAACACGGUAAGUCAGAGAGAAGUUUUAGCAUCUGUGAUAACGCUAAUGAGUCUGUUAUUGCAGUACUGAUGCCUAGUGCACUGUUAUUCCUGACUGGAGCACGUGUGUGUGUACGUGUGUGUGUGUGUGUGUGUGUGUGUGUGUGUUCUGUACAGUGCAUUCCCUUAUAAUCCUCUCUACUUGCUAAUAUAUCAAUUAAUUUAUUUAUGGCUUCUACAGCUUAGUUUAUUGUUUAAAACAUUUUAUAUUGUUAUUUUUGCACAGCUAUACAUACAUAUAUUAUUAUAUUUCAGAAUAUUUUGGUUCACCUACAGCUGAGUGCAAAAGUUUGCACGCCCCGACAAAGACGUUAACGUUACAGCAUCACGAUAUUUAGAACUACGUUUCAAACACGUUUAUGCUCCGUCGUCGCAAACGUAACCAAAAACGUAAGGUUAAAAUAACGCGUCUUUACAUAUGAAGCAUCGGACAACAUCUCUCGCACCUUAUAACGAACAGGAACCGAUGUCGGACGAAACGAUUUCUUUUUCCAUCUGCAUCCUGUGAGGAGAUGCAAACUUUUCCAUUCAGCUGUCCAUGAGCAGUGGUUUAUAAAGAAAGCGAACCGUUUCAGGUUUUAGCAAGACAGAUUAUUUUAUAUGUAUAUUAUUGACCUUCAGUUCCAUACACAACACUGUUACUGAUUGUAUUUCAACUUUGCUGCAUAACGUGACAAUAAAGGCCCAACUAUAA